AUGAAAUCCAAAGUGGUACUUGACGUGAAGGCGGGAAACUACUGGGUCGCCAUGGCUGAAUCCGGCUCUGGUCAUUCGGGAAGCCCCAUCACUAUUGGAGGCGCCGCACUAGGAUCAAACUUCCGGCAGGUGGUUUCGAGUUCAGCUCCCACCAGUUCGAUCGAUAUGGAUGCCAUGCUCAUGCAGUCGUCACAAGAAGGUGGAGGAGGUGGUGGUGAUGAUUACUACCGUGACAGAAGGAAGAAGGAUAUUCACAAUAUGAUUGAACGGCGAAGACGUUACAACAUUAACGAUCGUAUCAAAGAACUUGGAUUGAUGCUACCGAAAUCGUCUGCAGAGUAA